CUCGGUAUCGAUUCCGUUUUAUCAGUCGAUGUUCUUGUCUAAGUCAACAAUUGGAGAGGACACCACCUUUUUCAGAAACUACUCACUUCUGCUUCUGGUGAUCUGAGUUAAUAGCAAGUAGAAAAGCUCUGCAAGCGUGUUUACCUUCCCGAUGAUGAAAGUGAUAUGAAAAAUUCCAGUUUUGGACAUGAUGGCUUGUGUGUAAUAGGUGUAACUAGGUUAGCAAGUAGGCUAGCUUAGUCUGAGCAACGAAACUGUUAAAGAAAUGGGCAGACCUAAUAGUAGGGCUAAAAUGAGAAUAUAGAGCUCUCGUCCAUUUUUCUAAAGAGGUGUAGCUAUUUACCUAAUUACUGGUUCUUUUAUGGUUAUUCAUCUAAAUGACUCUAAAAACAACCCACUGCGCAUGGCCUAACCAACCUUUUUUUUUAAUACUAAUUUAUUGUGACAUUACAUUUAUAAGAAAAAUUAUAUAGACAAUUCGACAAGCGACAAUACUACCUGAAGAUCUACCUUCUUUCUUUUAUGGUUUUGUUUUGAUUUCAUUCAGAAAUUGAUAGGACUUAAAAAUCUUUAACAAUAUUUUGUCAAUAUUUGAGAAACGAUUCUCACCCCAUUUAUUUCCUUUUUUAUUUUAAAUUUAAAUAAUGAUAAAAUAUUGUUGGAUUAUUAGACUACUUACAAUGGCAUAUUGAAUUUGUUGAUUCAAUAGUUGAAAAUGUGCAAUGGGGUAUUGAAAAGACAAUUGAAUCUUACGUGCAUUCAACAUAGUUGAAAUAAUUCAACAUUGUUGAAUCGUUAAAGAUAAGGCAAAAUAGAUCCCCAAAAAACCACUUGUCACUAAAACAUUGGUAAGUGAAAUUUCUGAUUUGUUUUUUCCUCUCAAUUAUUUUAGAUCAAUUAUCUCUUAAAUUUUUUUUUUUAAAAUAAAUAUUUUUACAUCAAAAUUUUUCAUUUUUAAUACUCUAUAAAUAGAGACUUGUUUCAUUUGAUUUGGACACAGAAAAAAACUCAUCUCUUUCUACUAUAAUUUUUCUAUUAUUCUACAAAAAAAACUCUUGAUUUUAUAUUUUUCUUCUUUUUCAAGUGAAAUGAAUCCCAAUAAUAAUCCUUUUAACACCCAUAAUUCUAAUAAUUAUUCUUUUAACUAUCCAAAUCCCAAUAACUAUCAAUUUGAGAAUCAAUCUUCUAGCCAUCCUCAACAUUUACCAAAUUAUGGUUAUCAACUAAAUUUCUUCAUGCCAUCAGCUAUUUCAACCUAUCCUCCAAAUUAUGGAUCGAUGAUGCCAAAUCCAUCUCAAACACCUUCUUAUUCUUCUACUCCACAUGGUAAUGAAGUUGUUCCAAAUGUUGGAGCAACUGAAUUUCCUGAAUUUUCUAAACAAAUGGCUCUUGGUGGUAUGAGCGGUCUUAAUGAAGCGACUCCAAAUGCAGAUGAUUCAACUUCUACUCGUCGGAAAAGCCCCAAGUGGGCCACUGCGCAAAAUUUGGUGUUACUGAGCGGGUGGAUUAAAUAUGGAACAGACAGUGUUAUUGGCCGAAACCAAAAAAGCGACGCAUAUUGGGGUAAAAUUACAGAGUAUUGUAAUGAGCAUUGCUCAUUUGAUCCUCCAGGUGAUUUGAUAUCCUGCAGAAAUCAUUUCAACUACGUAAACAAAAUAUUGGGGAAAUGGAUCGGUGCUUAUGAUAACGCUAAACGUCUACAACAAAGCGGGUGGUCGGAGAACGAUGUAUUGGCGAAAGCACAUGAGCUUUAUUCAGGUGAAAAGAAUGGACAUUUUAAUUUAAUGUCUGAAUGGCUCGCUGUCCAUGAUCAACCACGUUAUGGUAGUCAGGUAGGAGGAAAUACUGGCUCUGGGAGCAGUGGAUCUAAGAGAAGAAGAUACUUCAAGAGAGAUCAUGCAGCUGCAAAUCAAAGGCUGGUUGACGACUACUUUUCCAAUCAACCUACAUAUGACGAUGCAGUGUUUCGUCGACGAUUCCGGAUGCGAAAACAUGUUUUCCUCUGGAUUGUUGGGGAUCUAUCAAGCAGUGACGACUACUUCACCCAGCGAUUUGACGCAGCUAAUAAAGAAGGUAUAUCUCCAUUAGAAAAAUGUACCACGGCCAUGCAAAUGUUAGCAUAUGGUGUUGCAACCGACGCGGUGGAUGAAUACAUCAAAAUUGGAGGUACUACAGCUUUGGAGUGCUUGCGUAGAUUCUGUAAGGGAAUCAUACAAUUGUAUGAGCAAGUGUAUCUCAGAGCCCCAACUCAAGAUGACCUGCAGAGAAUUUUGCAUGUUAGUGAAAAACGAGGGUUUCCGGGGAUGAUUGGGAGUAUUGAUUGUAUGCACUGGGAAUGGAAAAAUUGUCCUACAGCGUGGGAAGGACAAUUUACUCGGGGAGAUAAGGGAACCACCACCAUGCUUUUUUUUGGAUGUCCCGGCACAUUAAACGAUAUAAACGUUCUAGAUCGUUCAUCAGUGUUCGAUGAUGUUGAACAAGGAAAUACUCCAAGAGUGAACUUUUUCGUGAACCAACGUCCGUAUAAUAUGGCGUAUUAUCUAGCUGACGGUAUCUAUCCUUCUUAUCCUACUUUCAUCAAAUUGAUUAGGCUUCCUCAAAGUGAACCGAACAAGUUAUUUGCACAAGUUCAAGAGGGUUGCCAGAAGGACAUCGAACAUGCAUUCGGAGUGUUGCAUGCUCGAUUUAAAAUCAUUCGUGAACCAGCUCGUAUGUGGGACAUUUCCGAUUUGGCUAUUAUAAUGAGGUCAUGUAUCAUAUUGCAUAACAUGAUUGUUGAAGAUGAACGAGAUACAUAUGCUCAACACUGGACUGACUAUGAUCAAUCUGAGGCAAGUGGAUCUAUUGCACCACAACCAUUCUCGACUGAAGUGCUACCUGCAUUUGCAAAUCAUGUACGUGCUAGAUCGGAAUUGCGUGAUUCCAAUGUGCAUCAUGAAUUGCAAGCAGAUUUAGUCAAACACAUAUGAGAAAAGUUUGGAAUGUUUCAUGGUUGAAGAGAUUUUUAAGUUUGUCGAUUGAGUUUAUUGCACUAAUUAAGCUAUGUGUGUUUUAUUAUUUAUGUCGUGUGCUUAUUAAUGUAUUGUGUUAUAUUUUAUUUUCUUGUAAUUUUAUUGAUUUUAAUAAAGUUUCUAUAUUUUUCGUCUUUAAUAUUUGAUUUUAUAUUAAAUUUAAAAAUUAAAAAAAAAUUAUUUAAAACAUUUGUUUGAUUCUAAAAUAUUUAAUUUGAUUUGAUUGAAUUAUUGUUAAUAUAUAUUACAAAACAUAUGAAAAACAAAAUUAUUGAAAAAACAAUUGUAGGGUAGGGUGUUGAAUAAAAUUCAACAAACCAUUGUAAGUGGGUAGGUGUUGAAUUAUUAGA